AUGCCUUCUACAAAGACUAUCGCUGUCGCCGUCGCGGCUCUGGCUGCCUCGGGCGUUGGUGCAAGCAACUGCAAACCCUCUGCCACAACCUCGACGGAGAUCCCUGCAACUACAACAUCCGCCUGCGACAAUUACGAACUAAAACCCGAAUCCGAAAUCGAAACAGAAGAACUCAACUGCGAUGCCCGCGGAGCCUUCAAAGAGGGCGACAGUUAUACUGUCCCAAGUUGGACGGUGUUUGAUUGCGCACAGGCUUGUUUCGAAUAUGAACAGUUUGCGUGCGAAUUGAUCAACUUCACGCCUGGGGAGGAACCAGGAAUACAGGGCUCUUGUACUUUUUAUCCAGACAACGAGGUUACUCCCGUGUCGAGGGGAGGAAUAUCUGGUUAUUACGAUAAGAGAUGCUUCACAUGUAAUACUCGUGGAGGUAGAGGCGGUAGAGGCGGUAGAGGGGGAUCUCGAGGAGACAGUCGGAGGAGUUACAGAGGACGUGUUUGA